AUUUCAGUCAGUUGAGAAUCCAGAAAAGAAGAUACAAAACCACUCUCUUCCAUAAUAAUUGAUCGUCUAACGAUCCAUCAAUAUUCCUUCAAAAUUCUUAGAUCAAAAUCUAAGACCGUAAGCCACAAAUACUGGAAAUUGAUUUCUUCUUCCUAGUAUUCUUCUUCGUCUUCAAGAUUUCAAGAUCUUCGCGAUUGUUGAGCACCAUUCGUUAUUAAUUUCAAGGUCUAUUUCAUUGAACCCAGAAAUGGGUUCUUUUAAACCUAGUGAUUUGGGAUUUUUGAAGAAAGAAGAAGAGGCAGGGGGAAGAAAGAUGCUUUUGAUAGCCAGAGAAAGGAAAAGGGAGGAAGAGAGUCGUUGGAGAAAGGAGAUGGAAAGGGAGAAUGAUAUUGCAAAGGAAAAGAGAAGAUGAAUAGUGAGAGAGAAUGUGAACAAGGAAGAAGAUGAAAGAGGGGUAGAAUUGUAAUAUUAUAAUUUUUCUUUUUCUUUUUAUCUUUUAAUUUAUAGCUAUAAUUGCAGAAAAUCAAGACUGAGAACAGUU